AUGUUCAGCGGGCCCUCUUCGUCGGCUCUGCCGUCCUCUUGGUUCCGUGUCUUUCUGGGGAUGAUGGCCUUCUUGGUGGGAUCUGGACAGAGCUGCUCGUUCAGGUGCAAAUGUUUGGUGGAGGAGAAAGUUGUCUUCUGCAACGGCCGGAAUCUGACCACUGUGCCGGUGAAGAUCCCUCCAGAUUCAGAAUUCUUGGACUUAAGCCAAAAUAGCCUUCGUAGCCUGCAUCAGGGCAUGUUCUCCCGACUCCAAGCCCUCAAAGAGCUGGAUCUCAGCUACAACGUCAUCUCCAACAUUGAACAAGGGGCCUUCAACGGCCUUCAGAAGAUCAUGACCCUCCGACUAGCAGGCAACAAGUUGAAGAUGGUCCCGGACGGGGUCUUCACAGGGCUGCCCAACCUCUCCGUUCUUGACCUUAGGGACAAUAAGAUCCUCGUGUUCUUGGAUCACACGUUCAAAGACCUCUUCGGUCUCGGAAACCUGGACAUAAGAGACAAUCCUCUGGUCUUGAUUUCAGGUCAGGCUUUCCGAGGCCUCCAUCACCUCCGGAGGUUCACUCUGCAGAAAUGCAACUUCACCAGCCUGCCAACAGAGGCCCUCUCCCACCUUCACCAUCUGGUGGAGCUUCAUCUCAAUGUUCUCGACCUCAGAGUCCUCCACAACUAUUCCUUCCGGAAGCUCCAUCAGUUAAAAGUUCUGGAGAUCAACCAGUGGCCUUCCUUGAAAAUUAUGGAGCCUCACAGUCUUUCUGGCCUAAACCUCAUCUCCUUGUACAUCGUCAGAUGCAAUCUCCAUGAUGUUCCUUACAGGGCCAUCAAGCACCUGGUCCAUCUCCGUUUCCUGGACCUCUCUUACAAUCCCAUCUCAAUGAUCCGUGGAAGGAAGUUGCUGGAUCUCUCCCGCCUCCAAGAGUUCCACCUUACGGGUGGCCGACUGGCCACCAUCCAGGCCAACGCGUUUGAAGGCCUGGUCCACUUCCGUCUCCUCAACGUCUCAGCCAACCAUCUCCGUACCCUCGAAGAGAGAGUCUUCCACUCGGUGGGGAACCUAGAAGUCCUUCGGCUGGACCGAAACCCCUUGGCCUGUGACUGUCGCCUCCUCUGGAUCUUGAAGCGGCGACAGAGGUUGAACUUCGAGGCUCAGCUGCCCAUCUGUGCCACCAGCUCAGAAGAAGGAGAGAAGGUCUUCCAUGACUUCUCCAGAGCCCUGCCACACCACUUCACCUGCCGGAAGUCGACGAUUGAGAACAAGACCUUCCAGAAAGUGGUGGUUCACGAGGGAGAGCAGGCCAACUUGACUUGUAGCAGUGAUGGGGACCCACCACCCAGUAUUUCUUGGGUGAGCCCUCAAAAUAUCACCUUAGACUCAACCGUCAAAGGCCGGUCAACUGUCCUCCCUGAUGGGACUCUUAAGAUUCAAUACGCCCUACUUGAAGACAGUGGGACGUACCGUUGUGUAGCGAGCAACGCGGCCGGCAAUGACUCCAUGAUAGCUUCUCUCCAGGUUCUCGUCCCUCUGUUCAACAAGUCCCUUGUCUGGAAGGAUUUCAGUCUGCGCAAUAAAACGGCGAUCUCCUCCCUCUACUUCCUCCACGCCAGCAUCUGGCUGGGCAUCUUGACCAUCGGGGCUGUCCCCUUUCUCUGCUCCGUCCUGGUCUGCUUCACCUUCAUCUUCCUCUACAGCAGAGGCCGGGGGAAGGUCACCCACCAGGUGAUUCACGCCGAGACCCGUCCCGCCCGAGGUUACAAGGCCAUCGUGGGCCAACGGAGACCUUCCCCCAAAAAGCCACAAAGAACCUCACCCCCAAAGCCAAGAUAA